CCCCGCCGCAGCCCAGCCACAGAACAACAGCGGGCGCUGCCCGCCAUGGGCGACCCCACAGCCUUGGAUGUGCCCGCGGUGAUCUUUGACAACGGCUCCGGGCAGUGCAAAGCGGGGAUCGCCGGGGACAACGUCCCCCGUUCUGUGAUCACAGCCAUCGUGGGGCGUUCUAAAGUCCGAGCCACCAUGCUGGAGGCAGGCCAGAAGGACUACUACGUCGGGGAGGAGGCCCAAUCCAAGAGGGGAGUCCUGUCGCUCAACUAUCCGAUUGACCACGGCAUCGUCACCUCUUGGGAUGACAUGGAGAGGAUCUGGAGGCACGUCUACCAGUGUGAGCUGAAGAUCAGGGCCAGCGAACAGCCGGUGCUCCUGACCGAGGCCCCCCUGAACCCUCUGAAGAACCGAGAGAAGAUGACGGAGAUCAUGUUCGAAGGCUUCUCAGUGCCGGCGAUGCACGUGGCCGUCCAGGCCGCCCUGGCCCUGUACGCCUCGGCCCGCACCACGGGCGUCGUGGCGGACAGCGGGGAUGGGGUCACCCACACGGUCCCCAUCUACGAGGGCUACUGCCUCCCCCAUGCCGUCUGCCGCCUGGACCUGGCCGGGCGGGAUAUCACUGAGUACUUCAUGAGGCUGCUCCUGGAGGGCGGAUACUCCUUCGUGAGCACGGCCGAGCGGGAGAUCGUCCGGGACAUCAAGGAGAAGCUGUGUUACGUGGCCCUGGAUCCCGCCUCAGCCAUGAAGCGCAAGCCCAGGGAGAUCCUCAAGGAGUACAGGCUGCCGGAUGGCAACAUCAUCAGCAUCGGCAACCAGCUCUUCCGGGCACCCGAGGCGCUCUUCGUGCCUGCCCAUGUGGGACUCGAGGCACCGGGGGUCCACCGGAUGAUCUUCAACAGCAUCAUGAAGUGCGACAUGGACGUGCGCCGGAACCUCUACAGCAACAUCCUGCUGUCGGGGGGCUCCACGCUCUUUCGUGGGCUGGACGAGAGGGUCCUCAAGGAAAUGCAAUCCCAGGCACCCCAAGAGAUGCCUGUGCGCAUCAUCGCCCCGCCGGAGAGGAAGUACUGCGUGUGGAUCGGGGCCUCCAUCCUCGCCUGCCUCUCGUCCUUCAGGCCCAUGUGGGUCACCCUGGGAGACUACAAGGACUUUGGUCCGGCGGCGGUUCACCGGAAAUGCUUCUGAGGGGAGGCGUAGGCCCCUGGGACCGGUAUGUCUGGACAGGCUGUGGCGGGCUGGGCCCGGUGAGCCACGGGGUCGUUCUGAGGCUGCUGGAGGGGUCUGAGGGAGCUGGCCAUAGGGUAAAGGGAAAUAAAACGAUCAACCUGA